AGUGGCAUUAUUAGUAACAAAAUUAGUGUGACGUCAGUCUGCACUGUACACAGACACCGGUUUAUUUGUUAAAAAAGACUGUUUAUAAUGAUUCGCGCUGGUAAAUUAAUUAUUAUUUGUUUAGCGUGUGUUAUUGUUGUAACGAUUAGUACAAGAUCGAGAGGAAGUGUCGAGGAGCUGAAUGAGGAGAAUUGGGAUCGCAUGCUCGUCGGGGAAUGGAUGGUGGAGUUUUUUGCCCCUUGGUGUCCUGCUUGCAAAGACCUGGAGCCCAUUUGGUCACACUUAGGAGAUAGAAAGGGAGAACUUGGCAUCAAUGUUGGAAAAGUAGACGUCACUGAUUCACCGGGGUUAAGCGGUAGAUUUAUGGUCACUGCUCUACCCACAAUCUAUCACGUUAAGGAUGGCUUAUUUCGGCAAUAUAAGAGCCCGAGGGACAGAGAUUCUUUGGUGAAUUUCGUUAGAUCAAAAACGUGGUUGAAAGUCGAGCCAAUCUCCAGCUGGAAGAGUCCCACCUCUAUACAAAUGUCCAUUAUCAGUCAAUUUUUCAAAAUGUCUCAAGUUCUCAGGGCUAUUCACACAAAACUAAUGGAAGACUUUGGUUUACCAACGUGGGGAAGUUACCUGAUCUUUGCUAUUGCCACAAUAAUUAUCGGGGCAAUAUUGGGAUUAUUGAUUGUCUGCGUUAUUGACUUCAUCUACCCACCGAAGCCCGCAAAAGCCCAGAACUUAAAUAGGAAGCGAAAAGAAUCUGGCGAUCGCAAGGAGAAAACUUCAGACGAUGAGGACUUCAUCGAGAAUGUGAAAGAUGAUUUGGUCGACGAAGAGGGGAGUGAGUCGGAUAAAGACGCAGAUAAAUCCGAGAAAAGUGAAAAAGCCACUGAAGCAAAUGCCAGCAGUCCAAAUGCUCGUAAACGCAAGCCUCGUAAAGCCGAUUAAAUAAAUUCGUCAUUUUACCUUUCCAUCGAUACCUCUACUUUAAAGCCAAGAACUCAAUAGGUCUUUUAAUUUUUUUUUUUUUUUUCAUAUCCUGGCAGUUACUAUGAUUAUUAUCCAUUAUUUUUUAACGUCAGCUAUUUCAUUUAUAAUUGUAGGGGAAAAAUAUCCGUCAUUUUAUAAUUGAAUUAAAAAAUUGUAAUGGACUGCUAAAACAUAAGUUGAUGAAUUGUCAUUAAAUUUUGCGAUUAUCGUAAUGAUUGAUGAUUUUUCACUGUAAAACUGUAACAGAUGAGUGAAUACUUAAUAGUGAUUUCAUUUUUACUCAUUACGUUGUACCGACUCCAAUUAAUAAUUAUUGCUGUUCAACCGAUAUUCAUUCCAGCUCAAGUGGCAUUUUAAAAAUAUUAAUUAUACAUUGAGUAAUAUAAUUCUUUCUUAAUGAAAUAAAAUUUGAUAUUUAAAGAUA